GCUGGCCCUUUAAGAGGCAGAGCUGGCAGAGCCUUGUGCUGGGAAUACACGUCAGUUUCAGGACUUGCACUGUGAUCAAUGAGGGAGGAAGGGGGGGAAGGAGGGGGGACUCACUUCUGCCUCCACUUCUCUCUUCCAGGAAGGAAAACAGAAAAAAACACAGAGAUCCCAAAACACAGGCACCAGCAGCCCAAACCUGUGGGGCCCCCCUGUCCUGCACCCCCCAGGGGUAGCCUGCAUCCCUGCACCCCAACUCCAGCACCCAGGGAUACAAUGUGCUAACUUCUGGGAGCCAGGGGGGGCUGAUGGGAGCCGGUGUCUGCCCCCCCUCACUGCAGCAGACAGAGGGGCUAUCCUGAUUGCUGGCAAUGUCUUCUGCACAGUUUUGCAUUAAGCAGGAGCAGAUUUCAUUCUCGCCCCCAGAGAGCCCGGGGCACAACUGCACCACACCGUCCCCCUCCCUGCUCCAUGUCCCGGGGCCACGUCCUUACAAGAUGGAAGAGGAGCCCGUCAGGCUGCCUGCACACCUGCGUCUCCCCCCCUCGCAUUGGUCGCGGGACGACGUGUGUCAGUGGCUGCGCUGGGCGGAGAGCGAGUUCUCCCUGCACCCGAUCGAGAAUAACACAUUCGAGAUGAAUGGCAAAGCCUUGCUGCUGCUUACCAAGGAAGACUUCCGGUACCGCUGCCCGCACUCAGGUGAUGUUUUGUACGAGGUUCUGCAGCACAUCCUGCGACACCGGAAGCCCCGCCCGGCGCACUCAUCUGUAUAUCACACUGGAAACUCUUUCCACAGCCAGCCCGAGGUUAUGCUGCCCCACAACCAUCAUGACGAUCACCUCCAACACAGACCCCCGAGACCGCCCUCCGAUGUCCACCCGCAGAAUACCCCCACUAUAGAGCUGCGGCAUCGAACCCUCUCCCCCCUUUCUUCUAACCACCACCCCUCCCCAGACCCUGAGAGCCGCCCACUGCGCUCACCGCUGGACAGCAACCUCCGUCGCCCCUCCCCCGCUGAGCGCCUCCACCGCUUGCAAAGUGAAACCAACCACCACACCCAGGACCCUUACCCCUUAUCCGUGUCCCCUGCUGAUGCCAACCACUGCUCUGCCGAAUCACUCCCCAAAUCCAGCAGCCCGCGCCAAGAGAACCCGCGGGUCAUCCAGCUUAUGCCCAGCCCUAUCAUGCACCCGCUACUUCUCAAUCCGCGCCACCCUGUGGAAUUUAAGCAGCCGCGGCUGGGAGCAGAUGACGGGCAGCAGCGAGAGGGCAAACCCAUGAACUUAUCUCACAGAGAGGAGCUGGCGUACAUGAAUCACGUCAUGGUCUCUAUCUCACCACCCGAGGAGCAGGUCAUGCCCAUGGGAAGAAUAGCCGAUUGCCGCCUGCUCUGGGAUUAUGUAUACCAGCUCCUGUCUGACAUCAGAUACGAAAACUUUAUCCGCUGGGAAGAUAAGGAGUCAAUGGUUUUCCGAAUCAUGGACCCCAAUGGUUUGGCGCGCCUCUGGGGGAACCACAAGAACAGGACAAACAUGACGUAUGAGAAGAUGUCGCGGGCGCUCCGCCAUUACUACAAACUGAACAUAAUCCGCAAGGAACCCGGCCAGCGGCUGCUCUUCAGGUUCAUGAAGACCCCGGACGAGAUAAUGAGCGGCAGGACGGAUCGGCUGGAACAUCUGGAAUCACAGGAGCUGGACGAGCAAUUGUAUCAGGAGGAUGAAUGCUGAGACCUGAUAGUGACACAUUGUGCGGUAUCUGAGGCACGUGGAGGCAUCACUUACUUUAUUACUGCCUGGCCCCGCCGGACCGCCAGUCCCUCUCCCACCAACAAUGGACAUGUACAGCCAGUGAAGUAUACCUGCAUGACCUGGCCGGUUCCUGGUACUGUGAGGGGAGAGGCUGCGCGGCCUCCACCAAGACUAUUGAAUACAUUUUGAGAUUGACGUCUAUUCCUGUAGAACUUGUAUAUUGGGAAGUAUUUGCACUGGAGAAAGAUACUGAGGGCGGCGCACUGUGACCGGAAUGGCGCACUGCGAUUGGGUCCAUGUGCCCUCGCGUUUUUUGACACAACUUUUCUCUAAUCUUUUUUUUUUUAUCACUUGUAAAUUGCACUAGACUCCUUUUAUCUACGGUCUACUGUCGCCUCAUGCCGGCUUCCAAAUACGGCGGACGGAGAGGUGGCGCGUGAUUCCACGCCUUCGCUAAUUGCCUGUUCUGUACGCACGCCAUUACUUCCUGUUAGCGCUCGGCAGUCCCCUGUUUUGCGUUGCCUUCUCCGCCAUGGACUGGUGGUUUUCGUUCCAGUCAAUAGAAACCAUGCGAGCCAUUCUUACCUACUGGGCGGAUCCAUCUGUCUGGCAGAGGAGGGAUUUUUAUUUUUAAAAUGUUUUCUACAUUUUUGAUUUUUAGAAUUUUAUUUUGGGUUUUUGUUUUUUUUUAACGGAUGAUUUGUUGUACAGAAAAAAAAAUAUAUGACACGUGAUUUGA